UCACCUUGCCGGGUUUCUUCAUCAACCCCGCACUCUCGAUUCUUGUGCCCAAAGUUGAGCCUCAUAAAAGGCUGACAGGGAUCCAGCAUGGAUGCGAUGGGGUAAGCAGAGUGCGAUGAUCAUACGCAUCCAGACCGAUUUGGAGUGCGACAUAAGUGCGAUAAGUGCGGUGAAAGUGCGACGGCAAUGCCAUUCGUCAACCCCACUACUGUCCCGCUCUCGUGCAUGAAAGAGUGUGUCGCACUUACAAGUGCGAUGGCCAACCCCGGUCUACAUGACAGCCUUAUGAGUAUCAUCGUGAAUAAGUGUAAGCCCGGCCCGUUGUCCCAAGCUACCCGACCUUCAACUAGAACAGACUUGUUCCCUAGCUUAACAGGCGGUCGAACGUUGAUCUUCACUAGAGGCUCAAUGGCGGCCAACCCGGUUGCCAACACCGGAUCGCCGGUUGGACCACCUGCUGCGCCUUUGCCCUUCAGCCUGCAAACGUCGCAAGAUGUGAGAGAAAUUCAAGAAGAGUCCAACAAAAGAAAGAAGCCACCAAGAAAGCUGGACAGCGAAAAGUGCCAGCUUUGCAGGCAACACAAGUUGAAGGUAUUCCGGUCCCCUUCCAAACGCCUACUUUGCCCUGCCUGUACGACAGAGCGCUUAUGGCUUCGGUCAGAAAAUUGCUGACAACCGAGCUGCCAAGUGCCUUCCUCAACCUCGAACAUGGCCGCAAAAGUGCGAUCGCUGUCUGUCGAAAGGACUGGAAUGUUCGCCUGGAGAA